AUGGCCUCAAAGUUUUACAGGGAAAAUUGGAAAAGAAAUAAUCAGGAAAAAUACAGGAAAAAUACAGGAAAAUUAAAAGCUGAACUUGGCUUCAAAGCUGUUGCACCACCAGUUAAAAAAUCUUUCAUUUACUUGGGAAACCUCAACAUUACCAAAACAGAACACUUAAACAAAGCUGGAAUAAAAUUUAUAUCCAUCUUUCCAAUAGCAAAACGAGGUUCAAAUGUUGAAGGCGAUGAUAACAAAUCUAGUGCAGCAUUUCGCAUCUGUGUCGCAAACAAUGAAGAUUUUAAAAUGUUCGAAGAUGACUUAUGGCCCGAACAUGCAAUUAUACGCGAUUGGAUAUUUAAUGUCAAACCAAGUGACACCAUCGAAAACAACAACAACAACAAACAUGGCUAG